CAAACGAUGUGCAGUUUCGCUUCGCUAAAGCAAGCGCUGACUGAAAAAUAGCUGUAAAAGUAUUAAUUCACUUCAUUUAAAAGAAAAAUGAAACAUUUUUAUCCACUUUUAGUUCUGAAAAACUUGUUCUUUGUGGAACUAUUUGUCGACAUUGUGUGGCUUGACUGGUCAACAAUACAAGGGCACUAGCAGAAGAAAUCUAAAUCUGCAUGUUCCACUGAGCCAAAUUUCUUUGAGUCAGUUUGAUCUCUUUAGGCAAUUUUAGUUACGUGAAUACAAUGGGAGAUGCACAGAAUGAACCCAAAAAGGAAGAGGGAGAGAAGAAAGUGUUACAUACGUAUGCCCUUGUUCGGUACUGUGAUAUGGUGGAUGAAAUGCGGACUGAAGCGAUGGACCUCAGUGCCAAUGCCUGCGAGAAGCACUCAACAAACAAUGAAUCGGCUGCAAGAAUGAUCAAAGAAAACAUGGACAAGAAGUUUGGUCCCUCUUGGCAUGCCGUUGUUGGAGAAGGUUACGGCUUUGAAAUUUCAUAUGAAGUCAAACAUCUCAUGUACAUGUACUUUGGUGGGAAUCUGGCUAUUUGUGUUUGGAAGUGUUCCUAAUCACCAUUUUCCUCCACAAUUAAGACCAGCUACCGUGAUGCUUGAAAAUCUAGCUUAUCAUUUUGCGUACUCCCAAUUUAACUUAAUUUGCUUGCUUCCAUUUUUUAAAAUUUCUUGUGCAAAGUCACUUAACCUUCACUUCAUAUAUUCUGAUAACUUUCCAUAACUACGGUAGUUCUCUCAAAACUUCCUAAAUCUCUUUGAAGAGAUUCCACUAAAUCUUAAUCUUCUCAAUCCAUUAGGAGAUCCAGUUGGCCUCUUUAAACUUGGUUCCUUGAAUUUAUUUUAAAUUAUUUUAAUAAUUGACCAGUAUUAUUAAGCUUAAGUUCCUAUUUUUUUAUUUUUCCAUGUAGACAGCUUUAAAGCUGGAGGACAACCUUAAAGCCUAACUCUGUGAGUUAAGAGAUUAUUUUGCUUUCAUAUGUGUUAAGAGCAAGUUUCAUGAAUGUUUUAUUUUUGUAUUGUUUUUGUUUCCUGUUUCUGUCUAAAGAUAAUGUUUAAGAUUUGUUAUCUGUUUGAAUAAUCCUGUGCCAGGAAAGAAUGUGGUAUCACACGAUGAGUUAUCAAUCCGUCCUUUUUUAAAAUUAUUUAUAAGUGUUGGGUCUUUUGCCUACAAAACUUUGUGAAAUGAUGAUGCCUCAUUCUUAUGAGUAAAAUUUAAAGUCUCAUCAUCUGGAUCAAUAUGUAAUCGUUUUCCAUCUAAAUGUGAUAAAUUUCAAACGCUAAUGUGGUUAUUGCAUGAGGUAUUCUUGCAAAAUUGUACUUCCAUUUGGUUCCAUGUCAAUUGUGUGUUGCAUAAUACCAAAGUGUCUUAGAGUAGGUAUUAUUACUUACAACAAAAAAAUCAUUCCUGGAAUGAAUGCUAUGCUGUUAUACAGGGUUCCUUGUUAGUUGUUAUUCUGACAUAUUCUUGUCUGUUACAGAAACUUUUUUAUUCCCAUUGUUAUUUAGGUCUCAUAAGUUCUGGAUUAUUAGAUGUUAGUUGUAUCGACCAAAAUCAUAAACCAAAUAUGAAAAACAUCUGUUGGGUUGUAAGGAAUGGACCACCCUGCUCAAUUCCUUGUGUUCUCUCUAAUAUUAUGGGUGUCGUUCACUCCGAAGAAAUGAACAUGGAUAUUAAACAGUAGUAUGUAGUAAAA